UGUUGGCCGGCUCGUGCGCACUCUCGGCGCCGCUGCUGCCGCUGUGCACACUGCCGUUGUUCGUGCCUACGUUCCCGCGCCGGUUGGGCGGCCGCCAGGCGGGCCGCCCUCAGUCGGCCGGCCCCGACGCCGUCUACUACCGUCAGAUGGCAGCACCGACGGCGGAGCGGCUCGGUCGCGCUGUCCGUAUGGGCUGCGCAGGUUUUGUGCAGGCAGGAGACUAUUUGCUGCUGAGAUUCGAGGACCGCCUUAUGUGGGUUUACGUGGCUGAAAUGGGAAAUGGAUACAUCUACUUCAGCAUCAAGGGUCUGGAGCUGCAGGAGACCUCGUGUCACGCGGCCGAGGCCACGCGCGUGGACGCCAUCUUCGACGCGGCGUUCGACGAGGACCGCAUCGCCGAGGCGCCGGGCCGGCUGGCGCCGUUCUGGUUCCACACGCUGAGCCCGCUCACGCAGCUGCAGGUACCGGGCUACUCGGACGCGCGGAGCCAGCUGACCGGCGUCAUCGACAACAGCGCCACGCUCGCCGCUGUCGAGGAGCUCUUCCCCAAGCGUGAGGACAGCAUCGAGCGGUACCGCACGGCAUUGAGCUCGCCGGUGCCGCCGCCGCUGGUGGCCGACGUGGGCGAGUGGUCGGACGGCUCGCAGGGCUCGCUGCUCUUCGAACCGAAGAAGCCGGCUGGCUUGACGCUGAGCGCCGCGCCCUGGCUGCGGCAGAUGCUCGACGACGAGGAGCCGGCGGACGCGGCUCGGGCCGGCGCCCGUCGCGGCCCGCCUGGGAGCCGCUGA